AUGGAAGUGGACAAAAUUGCUGGUGUACCUCACCUAAUCGUUGUGCCAGGUCUCUUGGACAACUGGAAGAAGCACUUGAGGGAUUUCCUCGAUACAAAUCACCCAAAGUUUCCAAAAAUUCUGAUAUACCAUGGCGACGGUCGCAAUGGCAGAGACGAAGAGAACCUCAAGGACUUCGACAUCAUCGUGACCACCUACAAAAUCGUCAAAAGUGAGCAACAAGACUACGAGAGCUACAGGAGACUGAUGUGGCAACAUAUGCGUCCCCUUGUGGAAUCUGACCAGGAAGCAGCGCAAUUGGCAGCUGGGAAUGUACACAUAAGACCAGGACAUGACACGACACCGCUACUGGCCCUCCCAAGAGAGCCACCGAAAGGUCAAUGGCCUCUUGCAAACCUCAAGUUUCACAUCUUGACAUUGGAUGGAGUCCACGAAAUCAAAACCCAGAGUACUCGAGAUUUCCAGGAGAUCAUCAACCUGCAUGCCAACUUCGUAUCCACGGUCAGCAGAAGCCGUCUGAACAAUUCAUAUGAGGAUAUGAGCUCAAUUUGCAGGUUGAUCAAGCUGUCGCCGUUGAACAACAGUCAAACAUUCGACAAGUACUUCCGAGAAGGCGUUAUCAAGGAGAAAUGGCCUACCAACACGAUUACCGGAAAAUGGACUCAUUAUGAGAGAUUCGCCAUGUUGAGGGAAAUCCUGAACGGAAGGAGCGUUCAGAGAGAGAGAGAGAACUGCGAAAUUUGA